CGUGCCUUGCGCUGGAUGCAGACUAUGACUUUUGCAAUCAAAGAGAUCAACCUCCGCAGUGACCUCCUUCCACAUCUGAAGCUGGGGUUCCAUAUCCGUGACAGCUGUAAUGACAUACCUGUGUCUCUGAGAGCAGCUUUGCUGUUGGUGAACGGCCAGCCAGACAUUGGCACCAGAGCUGAGAGUGUGAACAGGGAUAAAGGUCUAGAAAGAAACAGUGAUUUUAAUUUAAACUGUGCUGCGGCACAAACUGUGUCCCCGGUAAUCAUAGGAGAUGCUGCCUCUGGGGUGUCUAUGGCUCUGCUAAAAACCUUGGGUUCUUUCCAUAUCCCACUGGUGAGCUACUUUGCAUCAUGCAGCUGUCUGAGUAACCAAAGGGAGUUUCCCACUUUCAUGCGCACUAUGCCCAGUGAUGUGUUCCAGGUCAGAGCCCUGGCCCGGCUGGUUAGUUAUUUUGGCUGGACCUGGGUGGGAAUCAUUGGUGUGGAAUCUGAUUAUGCUCGCUUUGCCAUUCAGCUUUUCCUGAAGGAGUCAGUGAAGUACGGUGUGUGUGCUUCCUACACUCACUUCUACCCUGUGGGCCUGAGUCAGCAGGCUUUAGAUGAGCUCCUGGAUGUUAUUAUGAUGUCAUCCUCAAAGGUCAUCAUUAACUUCAGUAGUGAGUCAGAGAUGCAGAGCAUUCUGACAGAGGUCCGGUAUCGGAAUAUAACCAGCCUGCAUUGGAUCGCCAGUGAAGCUUGGGCCACUGCUAAAUCACUUUGGGAAAAGUUUGGAGAUCUACUAACAGGAACCCUAGGAUUUGCCAUCCAGAGAGCAGAUGUAAUUCCAGGUCUGAAACAGCACCUCGUCAGUCUCAGACCAUCCAAUAUAAUUGAAUCAGCUUUUUUGGCAGAAUUUUGGGAAGAAUUGUUUAACUGCCGAUUGAACGGAUCAGUGAACAACCACUCUCAUGAAGGUGUCGACCACCUCAACAGAUUGCCAUGUGAAGGGACGGAGGAUUUAACUGAUGUUUACUCACCUUAUUCCGAUGUCUCACAGCUAAGAGUUUCAUAUAAUGUCUACAAGUCUGUGUAUGUGGUGGCUAAUGCUUUGCAUGAUAUGAGUAACUGCAAAGUCGGACUGGGGCCUUUCCUUAAUGGCACCUGCGCAGACAUAAAGAAUGUCAAACCUUGGCAGCUUUUUCACUACAUGAAGCGUGCACAUUUUUCUGCACUUGGGGAUAAAGUCAAUUUUGAUCAAAAUGGUGACCCCAUUGCUUAUUAUGAUCUCAUGAACUGGCAAAGGAGGCCUGACGGUUCUUUACAUUUGGUAAAAGUUGGUUUCUAUGAUGCCUCCUUGCCUGAUGGUCGCAGCCUGGUCAUAAACGACUCAGUGAUUCAAUGGCCUGUUGGAAAGCAGGCUUUCCAGUCUGUGUGCAGCGUCAGUUGUCCUCCAGGUUCCCGCAUCGCCAGGAGAAAGGGGGAACCCAUGUGCUGUUUUGACUGUGUCCCCUGUGCUGAGGGAGAAGUCAGUAAUAAGACUGAUUCUUUAGAUUGCUCACACUGCUCAGAGGACACAUGGCCAAAUAAAGCCAGAAAUCUUUGCAUCCCAAAGACUAUUGAGUACUUGUCUUACCAUGAGUUAAUGGGUAUUGUGCUGUGUGUUGUAUCUGUACUCGGAGCUUGUGUUUCCCUCUCCAUCCUCGUUAUAUUCUUCAAAUACAAAGAAACACCAUUGGUUCGUGCAAACAAUAUGGAACUAAGCUUCCUUCUCUUGGUGUUUCUUGCUGUGUGUUUCCUUGUUGUCCUGUUGUUUAUUGGUGAGCCUUCAGACUGGCUUUGCCGCAUCAGGUACCCAGCGUUUGGGAUUAGUUUUGCCCUCUGCAUUUCAUGCCUCCUGGCGAAGACAUUAGUGGUCCUUAUGGCUUUUAGGUCUACACUGCCAACAAAUAAUGCCAUGAAGUGGUUUGGACCCAAGCAACAGAGAGCCAGUGUGCUUUUAGGAACAGUUGUUCAGGUAAUAAUUUGUGUUAUCUGGCUGCUGACCAGUCCACCUCAUGCCAACAACAAUAACACAGGUCAGAGUGCUGUCAUCAUCAUUGAGUGUAUGACUGGCUCAGAGAUUGGCUUUUGGUGUGUUCUUGGAUACAUCAGCAUCUUGGCCUGCAUGUGCCUGCUAAUGGCAUUUUUUGCUCGGAAGCUGCCUGAUAAUUUUAAUGAGGCAAGGUUCAUCACGUUCAGCAUGCUGAUAUUCUUCGCAGUAUGGAUUACUUUUAUUCCUGUUUAUGUGAGCACAGCUGGGAAAUAUACAGUGGCUGUCCAUAUUUUUGCUAUUUUGGCCUCAGCUUUUGGUGUCCUUUUUUGCAUUUUUGCUCCAAAGUGCUAUAUUAUAAUACUGGAACCAGAAAAAAACAGCAAGAAAAACAUGAUACAAAGAUAA